CUGCUCUUUUGCGACGGCAGCCAUCAAUUGUUCGUGCACAGAUACGAAGGAUGGCAUGAUGCGCUCUCACUCCUUCUGCUCCAUCACGCGUCGCAAAUGAAACCCUGAUAUCAAUCAGGUCCUCUAAACUCGCCUCAACGCCUACAAUGGCUACACCCACAGUAUGGGCCAACUACGUGCCACCACGAGGCCAAUGCAACUACAAGCCAUCCAUAAUGUCGGCCAAGUGCCCUUGCCUACGGUUCAUGUUACAUCCCCUGAAGAGCACGUCUAGCUUCGAAUGUGACGGCUGCGCGCACCACGCAUCCUUCCACAGCAUGGAAAACAAGGAAGAAGACGAGAUCCGGAAGCGAUGGGAGCAGGAGGCUCGGGACAAGGCUCAUUGGGAGCAGCAGGGAGGCCUCGACCGGCCGCGCAAGCGGCCGAGGGAGAUUAAUUAUGGCCGCGGAGAUGCAGCAAGCUCACAAGUCCGGACAAUCGAAGCUGGUAUCGCUACACCAGACGAGGAAACGGCGAGUAAGUCUGGGAGUGCGAGGGUUGUGGCAAAGGGUAAGGGCAAGGGCUUGCGCGCCAAAGGAAGAAUCACGGAGAUACCUGAAGAUGACGAGGAUUAUAUCGAGCUGGAUUGA